AUGCAGGGAGCAGCAGCCCACCACGUGCCUCUUCCUCUCUGCAGAAUUUGCUUUCCCCUCGUGCUGGCUUCCCUCCCUGCGAUGGCUACUGGUGAACAGAUCCUGCCUGCCCUGCAGGACUCGUGGGGGGACUUCUGGCUCUUCCGUUUCUUUGUUAAUGCUGCUGGCUACGCGAGUAUUGUGGUGCCAGGAUUCCUCCUCAUCCAGUACUUCAAGAGAAGGAAUUACCUGGAGACAGGCCGAGGCAUUUGCUUCCCUGUCAUCAAAUCGUGUGUGUUCGGCUCCGAGGUGAAGUCUGUACACCAGGAAGAUGGGUCCCUGCCACCCCGAACAGAGCCCUCAGAGUCCUCUACAGCCCGACAGGUGUUCAAGCUGCUCCUCUGCGCUGCUGGUUUACAGAUCUCCUACCUCACGUGGGGCGUCCUCCAAGAGCGUGUGAUGACAAGAACAUACGGGGCCACUGAAACAGACCCUGGUGAGAAGUUCACGGACUCCCAGUUCCUAGUGUUCAUGAACCGCAUCCUGGCCUUCACGGUGGCCGGGCUGUACUGCGCCCUGACGAAGCAGCCGCGCCACGGGGCUCCUAUGUACAAAUACUCCUUUGCCUCCCUCUCCAACAUCCUCAGCAGCUGGUGCCAGUACGAGGCGCUCAAAUACAUCAGCUUCCCCACCCAAGUGCUGGCCAAGGCCUCCAAAGUGAUCCCGGUGAUGCUGAUGGGCAAACUGGUGUCGCGCAAGAGUUACGAGUACUGGGAGUACCUGACGGCUGCCCUCAUCUCCGUGGGGGUCAGCAUGUUCCUGCUCUCCAGCGCUCCCAACAGGCACGCGUCCACCGUCACCACUUUCUCAGGCGUAGUCCUCCUGGCCGGGUACAUAAUCUUCGACAGCUUCACCUCCAACUGGCAGGACGCCCUCUUCACCUACAAGAUGUCUCCCGUGCAAAUGAUGUUCGGCGUCAACGUCUUCUCCUGCCUGUUCACGGUGGGCUCCCUCCUGGAGCAGGGUGCUUUCGUGCCCCGCCACUCGGAGUUCACGGCCCACGCCGUGCUGCUCUCCGUCUGCUCCGCCUGCGGCCAGCUCUUCAUCUUCUACACCAUCAACCAGUUCGGGGCGGCCGUCUUCACCAUCAUCAUGACGCUGCGGCAGGCCUUCGCCAUCCUGCUCUCCUGCCUCAUCUACGGGCACACCGUCACGGUGGUGGGCGGGCUGGGCGUCGCCGUCGUCUUCACGGCCCUCUUCCUGCGCGUCUACGCUCGCAGCCGCAUGAAGAAGCGCGGCAAGAAGCUGGCGCCGGGAGAGACCCCCGUGCAGAAGGUUUAA